UCAUAUGCAUACCCACACAGGUGAAAAACCAGUUUCAUGUUCAGUAUGCAGUGCAAAAUUUUCUGUGAAAGCUUCCUUGAAAAAACACAUACGUACCCACACAGGUGAAAAACCAUUUUCAUGUACAGUAUGCCAUGCACAAUUUUCUUAUAAAUCUUCCUUGAUAGUCCACAUACGUACCCACACAGGUGAAAAGCUUCUUUUCUUGUCCAGUAUGCCAUGCAAAAUUUUCUCACAAAGGUCAUUUAAUGGACACAUGUGUAUCCACAGUGGUGAAAAACCAUUUAAAUGUUCAGUAUGUAGUGCAACGUUUUCUCAGAGAGCUUAUUUAAAUAAUCAUAUGCAUACCCACACAGGUGAAAAACCAGUUUCAUGUUCAGUAUGCAGUGCAAAAUUUUCUGUGAAAGCUUCCUUGAAAAAACACAUACGUACCCACACAGGUGAAAAACCAUUUUCAUGUACAGUAUGCCAUGCACAAUUUUCUUAUAAAUCUUCCUUGAUAGUCCACAUACGUACCCACACAGGUGAAAAGCUUCCUUGAUAAUCCACAUACGUACCCACAUAGGUGAAAAACCUUUUUCCUGUUCAGUAUGCUAUGCAAAAUUUGCUGAGAAGGUUCAAUUAAAUGUUCACAUGUGUAUC